AAAACUCAAAUCCAUCCCACCCACUUCCAUCACCCUUCUUCUUCGUCAAUCUUCUCCCUCCCAUGUAGUCUUCUUCUUGAAUUCAUAACAAGAGGAAGAAAUAUACGAUCCCAGAUUUCAGUCUCUCCAUUAUGAAUACUGAACAAACCCAAAAGAUUCAUGGCGGGAUCAGCAUCGAACCCAAUGACCCAGGUUUGGCUGCCGACAAAGGUGCGACCCAUCAUGAUUCUGAUGAGGAAACACAGAGUUUACCGGAGUCAUCGUCAAAAACCCAGCAGUGUGGUAAAAAACAAAUCGACAACGUACAAGGGUUAUCCUCUGAGGGUAUGUCGGCGGAUGAUCCUUUGGCUCCGCUUGACGUUACGAAAGAUGUAGCAGCGACGCCGGAGUUGGAGUCGGAGGAUAAUGGACGAGAAAGGCUCAAGAGACAUAGGGUAGAGGUGGCGGGUCGGGUUUGGAUCCCAGAAAUAUGGGGGCAGGAGGAGUUUUUGAAGGAUUGGAUCGAUUGUUCGGCGUUUGAUGAGUCUCUUGUGCCUAAUGGGAUUGUUCCGGCGCGCACGGCAUUGGCCAGGGAAGGAAGACCGGCGAAAUCCGGCAGGUUGAGAAUAGAAAACAGGUGUUGAAUAUUGUCUUUGUUAUAUAUAUAUAUAUAUACACACACAAACAUGUGUGUGUGUGGUUUGCCGUUUGCCUGAAUAUAGUAGAAGAGAGGGGAGAAUUAUAAUUUGAUUAGUUAAAAAUUUUAUCAUUUCUUUGAGUUUAUAGGAAAGGGAUAUACUUUUCAAUUAAUUAAAUUAUAAUAUUUUUUAAUAUUAUAAUUUGAUUAGUUAAAAAUUUUAUCAUUUCUUCUUUUUUUCUAUUCUUGCAAACUAAAUAUAUCUUAAAUUUAGCU